AUGUCGUUAGCGGUCCAUGUCCGACGCCACCUGCGCCGCUUCCUCCUCCUCCUCGCCGCCGGCUCCCUGCUAGGCUCCGCCUACUUCCUAUUCUCUCACUCCGCCCCCUCUCUACAGCUCAACCAAUCAGGAGAGCCCGCUGCUGACCCCAACACACACACCGACAGACGAUCCGACCCCAACACACACACCGACACCCUCCCCCUCCCCACAGUAGACCCAGUAGUAUUAGUACUAGUAGAAUCCCAGUACAGCCAGUUAGGUCUGGACGUAGUGGCCAUCCUGGAGUCAGCCCGGUACCCCUUCAGAACAGAGAUCACCCCGAGGAAGGGAGACCUGCCCCCCCUCACUGACAAGGGGCGUGGUCGCUACAUCCUGGUUAUCUACGAGAGUCUGUUGAAGUACGCCCACACUGACUCCUGGAACAGACGGCUUCUACGCCAGUACUGUCUCCGUUACCGAGUCGGCAUCAUCACCUUCCACAGAGCCAAUCAGAACUCUCCUCCCCUGCUGAAUCUCCGGGGUCUACCCCUGCUGCUACGGACCAAUCAGGCGCUCCGAGACGCCUCUGUGAUGUCACGCUCGCCCCUCCUGCACCUGACGCGGGCUGGUACGGACCGUGGACCUCUCCCUGGUGAUGACUGGACCACCUUCACCUCCAACCACUCCUCCUACCAGGCUGUUGUCCAGGCCCAGGUCCAGGUCCAGGCGCUGCCCAGGGAGGGAGGCCCCGGAGCGGGUAGCAUAGAUAAUCCAGUCCCUGGUUUCAGUUGGGGCCUACAGGCUACGGUGGUGCUGGAUGUGGGGCUGUUUGACGGGGUUCAGAGGGUCGUCUUCGGACACGGCCUGACCUACUGGCUACACAGGCUCCUAUUGGUGGACGCUAUCACUUACCUCACAGACAGGAAGUUGUCGUUGGGGUUGGAGCGUCACAUCCUGGUGGAUAUAGAUGACAUCUUUGUUGGGAAGGAAGGAACACGCAUGAACACCAAGGAUGUCAGG